AUGUAUCCUGUAUGGAGUAAUGAUUGAAUAAAUUUGAUUUGAUUUAAUUCUAAUAAAAACCGGGAAUAUUUUGAUAAUUUGGAUGUAGUUAUGGAGUUAAACAAUCAUUACGAGGAAUCAGACACAAAAAAAGAAAUUUAUACUGAGCUUGCGUCGGGAGAUAAUAGGACUGAACAAGACAGAAUUUACGAAACUCUUCAACAUGGUACAGGGGAGCUUGCAGAUAAAACUACACCUUCAGCCAAGAAGUGUAUACCACUUUUGUUAUGGUGUACCCUCGUAAAUUCAAUUUUAAUUGGACUGUUGAUUAUUGCAGUAUCUGUUUCUUUAUACAUGAGUAUAAACGUUUCAAAGGCUUCAAAUAUUAAAGGGACAACGGUAACUGGUAUUUGGACAAACUGGUCAGACUGGUCGCCUUGUAACGCCAAAUGUGGACAAGGAUUCAAACGGAGGAUUCGAACAUGCACAAGCGUUUCGCCGAAAGAUAAUGGCUUUGACUGUAAUGGUAAUGGUACAGAAACAGUUCAGUGUCAAAACAGAGAGUGCUCUGCAGGGGAUCUGCAGAAACUAGUGACUUCUCUAAGUCAAAAAAUUGAUAAGCUUGAACACACACAGGGGCAGAUUCAGACAGAAAUUCUCCAAAAUACGAACAGAUUAAAUGAAACAACGGAGCUGCAGAAACUGGUGACAACGCAAAGUCAAAAAAUCGAUGAGCUUAAACACGCACAGGGACAAAUUCAGACAGAAGUUCUCCAAAAUUUGACAAACAGAUUAAGUGAAACAAACGUUUACUAUUUAGGAGAGGUUCUGCAGAAUAUGGGGACAACUCUUAGCCAAAAAUUUGAUGAUAAGCUUGAACACGCACAGGGACAGAUUCAGACCGAAUUUCUCCAAAUUUUGACGAACAGAUUAAAUGCAGCAAACGUGUCUGUCGGAUUUGCAGUAAAACACCCAGAUAAGUCCUGCGAUGAUCCCCUUAAGUUCAAAACCGUUAUAUACAAUACAGGCGACGACUAUAAUGUGUCCACAGGUGUGUUCACUUGUAGACAUCCAGGACUCUACUUCUUCACAUCAACUCUUUUCAGAAGCCCAGGUUUUCGCCAAAGCGAAUGUAAAAUUUCUGUCAACGGAGUUGACCAGUUAGCAGUGAACAGUGGUACUGAUCUCAAAAUUGGAUAUCAGUCAGGAUCAUCAUCACUUGUUUAUCGUUUAAAGGCAAGAGAUAUUGUUAUCCUAUCGGGUUGCAUUGGACAAGACCACAUGUACGAAUUUUCAAGUUUUACUGGAUUUCGUGUUUCAUAUUAAUUGACAAAUCGUCGUCAAUUAAGCAACAUCAAUGAACACAUCCUUGCCAAACGUCAUCUCAGUCAUUUUCCGUCAAUAUUUUAAAGACGUUGUCCAAGUUUCGUCAUUUUUUUAAUAUAGAAAAAGACGGAAUUAUGAAACUAGUGAACACUUUCAGGGUCAAAUACUAGAAAUAAGACCAUGAUUCACAUUCUUUAAAAAAUCUAUCAUGUGAAGUUCACGUCUUUAAAGCUUUUUUCUGAAGCAUGAUUAUUAUUUGAGAGAAGAAAAAUACAUAGAGAAAUACUACUGAAACGGUGAAAAUGUGUAAGUAAGGAUUGUGUAUAUUUGAUGUCAUUAGAUUAGAAGACUUAUUUUCAUAUCUGUAUAGUAAUAAUGUGAUUUUAAUAAAUUAAAAAAAUACAAACGUGCGAAUUUCAAGCCACUGUCUCAUAGGUAUUUAAAACUACACAAUGGCAUUUUUUAAAUGUUUGAAGAAGUGAUAUUAAAAGGCAGUUCGUUAGUGUAAUUACUUCUUUGGAGUGACAUUCCCAUUUUUAAGUGUAUAUUUAUUAUUCAACACCUCUAAACAACAGAUCCUGACACAUCAAUGUGAAUUCUUUGACGAACUGUUUCAUGAAGAAUUUUCAGCAGAAUUAAGUUCUGUUCAGAAACCAAAUGAUAAAUAAUAAACGGACAACUUUUAACUACAGAAAGUACCUAUUAAACAUGUAUCUGAUGUUUUUAUAACAAGUUUGUUCAAUCGAAUAUAUUUUAUUUG